AAGUGUGCGUCUAAUUUUAUUGCAAUUUGGAUUUCAAUUGUUCUACCACCCAGUGAAAUUGAUAGUUGAAGGAAAUUUAUUGUGACACCUAAGUUUUCAGCGUUUUGCAACAAAAUGCAACGCGGCUUCGUUUGUUGCGUGGUCAUUGCCCUACUGGCUGGUGCUUUCCUUGCGAAUGCAACGCCUAUGCUUGGAGCCAAACAAUGCACUUGGGGACCCAGUUACUGGUGUAAAAAUCUAACAAAUGCAAAAGGUUGCCAUGCUGUCCGUCACUGCAUUCAAACUGUGUGGGAAACACAAAAUGUACCCGUAGAUGAUGAUUCGAUCUGUAAAAUCUGUAAAGAUAUGGUAACACAGGCCCGAGACCAAUUGCGUAGCAAUGAAACCAUGGAAGAGCUGAAGGAAGUAUUCGAGGGCUCUUGCAAUCUCAUACCAGUCAAAAUCGUAAGGAAGGAAUGCGAUAAAUUAGCUGACGACUUUGUACCCGAAUUGGUUGAAGCGCUUUCUUCCCAAAUGAAUCCAGAUCAAGUUUGUUCAGUUGCUGGUCUUUGCAACAAUGCACGCAUCGAUGAAUUGAUGGCGUCCCACUACCAAGCCGCUUUGGAUGGUACACUUAAAGAGGAUUCCGCUGAGUCCAAGGAAAGCAAAGAAAUUGAAUCAAAAUCAAGUGUUCCCCAACAACACUUACUGACCUGCGGCAAUUGCAAUCACUUGGGCUCGCUAAUCACUGAGAAGUUCAACCAAGCCGAUCGUGACGAAAUUCUCGAAAACAUUUUACACUUAUGUGGCGAAAUGUCAUCGUUCUCUGAUGCCUGCUCCAAUAUUGUGCUAACUUAUUUCAAUGAUAUUUACGAUCACAUGAGACAACACUUGAAUGCUGCUGGCAUAUGCCAUAUGUCCGGUUCGUGUGCGGCAAAUUAUCAUAAACACGCUGACGAUCCUGUAGAGCCAGAGGAUCCUGUUGCACUCGCAUCGACCUUGGGCGAUGAUAUUCCAUGCAAGUUGUGCGAACAAUUAGUGCAACAUUUACGUGACGUUUUGAUUGCCAACACAACUGAAACUGAAUUUAAGCAGGUGUUGAAUGGUUUGUGUAAUCAAACCAAAGGAUUCCGCGAGGAGUGCAACAGUUUGGUGGAACAGUACUAUGAUGUUAUCUACAAUGCCUUGGUCAACAAUUUGGAUGCGAACGGUGCUUGCUUCAUGAUUGGCGUUUGCCCGAAAGGUAAUAAUGACGCUUUCAAAGGUGAGAUCAGACCAUUGCUACCAUCAAUUGAACCAGCUGAAAUAAAGGUGACAUUACGCAAAUUGGGGGCCAAUGAACCGAAAUUUACGCAGGAGGAGAUACACGCUAUGACAUUGCCAAUUGAUACAUUGAUGGGUGCUGCUAAUCCUGGACUACUGGUGGAUAACGGAGAAUUGUGCACGUUCUGCGAAUACUUGAUACAUUACAUUCAAGUUGAAUUAUCUACUCCAACCACUGAGGAUAAAAUCAAGGAAGUUGUAAAUAACGUCUGCAGCCGCUUAGGACGCACACUACGCGGUGAAUGCCACAAUUUCAUUGAUAUGUAUGGCGAUGCUGUGAUUGCGCUGCUCAUUCAAGGUCUCAAUCCACGCGAAAUCUGUCCAAAAAUGGCAAUGUGUCCACCCAAUCACGAUAACUUCGAUGAUGUAGAGAUCUUCGCGCCGGAAACUCCAAAAGUAGCGGCAACACCAGCUCGACCGGUCGAUGAGAGCGAUAAACCCACGUGCCCACUAUGUCUGUUUGCUGUUGCGCAAGCCCAGCAAAAGAUUGGGGACAACAAAUCAAAGGCAAACAUCAAAAAUGUGCUCGAUCACUUGUGCGCUCAUUUGCCGCCAAAACUACAAACCGAAUGUGUUGAUUUCGUCGAAACCUAUUCGAACGAACUGGUCGAUAAGUUGAUCGCCGAUUUUAAGCCACAAGAAAUUUGUGUCGAUAUAAAACUAUGCGCAACAUCCAGCGAUGAGUUAGAUGAAUUAGGCAUUAGUUUGGAGGAAAAAAGCCGUGAACAAGGUAUAAACGAAAUCGAUAGCAAUGAUUCUGUGGAUAUUGCAUUUGGACGCAUUGAACCACCUAACUGUUUAUUAUGCGAGGAGUUCAUCAAAAUUGCAGAGAAGAAAAUUGGAAAACGGACUAGCAAGCAAGAAAUUAAAAAGGCUUUGGAUCACUCUUGUGACAAACUUCGAUUAAAUGUACGCGAAAAAUGUCAUAAAUAUGUAGCCAAGUAUGGAGAUAAAAUUGCCGACUUGCUAGUCAAGGAAAUGGCCCCGAAAAUGAUUUGCCGUGAGAUAGGUCUAUGCAUUUGGAGCGAACAAGAGGAUUUGGAUAUCGAUGAGGCUUUGAAGUAUGAUGUUGUUGUAUUACCCGAUCAACAAAUUUCGCAACACAACGAUCGUUUCGUCGGUAUGGAUGAUAUAGUGAAAGAACCACCAACAUGCGUACUGUGUGAAUUUGUGAUGACUAAAUUGGAAGCCGAAUUGCGGAAUGCUUCAACACAGGAGGAAAUCAAGCACACAGUUGAGAACAUUUGCAAAAUCAUGCCUAGAACGGUUACUAAAAGCUGUAACAAGUUCAUCGAUGAAUAUAUAAAUACGAUUUUAUCGUUGAUUGGCACCGUACCACCCAAAGUGAUGUGUCAACAAAUGCAAUUGUGUUUCGGUGGACUGGACGUUGUUAGCGAUGAGGUCAUUGAAUGCGGUGUUUGUCAUGGCGCCACCUCUGCUCUGCUGCCGUACUUCAAGCAACAUUUGGAUCACGAGUCCAUUGCAGAGUAUUAUAUGCUAUUGGAGGGUUGUCAAGCACUUGAUGCCAAAUAUUACGAUAUUUGCAAUCGCAUGAUCCGUACUUAUGGUCAGAGCAUUUUGAAUCUGGCUCAAAGUGGCGAAACCGAUGAAUCAAGCAUUUGCGCAAAGAUUGGCAAGUGUUUCAGCGGCGAAAAAUCAAGCUUGGCUUUUGCAAAAGUUUCUGCUUAAAAGUCGUUUUUGGAAGCUCUUAAGUGAAUUCGAUGUGUGAAACACGUGAUGGGAUUAACUUGCUUUUAAGCCAUUAUUUCUUCAUUUGACUUUAAUUUAAUCUGAAAACUUAUGUCUAUUUCAUAUGCAUAAUCAUAAACUACAACUCCUGUAGAAAACGAUGAAUUAUUCUAUAAUUACUUAAUACUACAAUAUUAUUUAAAUGUUUUACUGAUUUCAAAUAUCUAAUUAAAUUUUCAGUUUUAUGUAUUCACUAUAUGAAUAUACAAACAUACUUACACUUAAAUUGCUUAAGCGCUAAGGUAACGUGAAUGAAUGGUUUUGUAUAAAGUAUGGCUAAAAAAUU